CUGGAGAAUCACAAAACCCGGACUGGAGUCUGGCAGAGUGACUGAGAGCACGUUCAGGCGUUUCAGGGAUUUGUUUCAGACGGUUUUAGGUCAAAGCCGGUCAGGAACACAAUCCAUCGUUGUGCUGCCUACAGGUUCGACGAAUACGGAGGUCCUAAACACUUUGUUAAUGCUACCGACGAUGCUAACACUCCCACAGGAGUAUAAGAAGACAACCGUAACAUGUCAGCGUCAUUAGGCGGGAAACCGCUGCCUCUGAGUCAUGGUGCGAAGAUGAAGGCGAGGAAACAGGAUGGAUUUGUCAGAGUGAAGAAAAGUGAUUUAGAGAAGUUGACCACAGAAGUCAUGCAGCUGAGGGAGUUCCUGCCCAGGGUUCUGAAUAGGGACCUGAUUGAAAUGCUGCAUAAAGCUCGAACAGCUCAGACAAUGAAGGAACACCGUGCGCAGGAUCAGGAGAAGUUGCGACAGGACUGUCUGCACCUUCAGUCCCGACUGGAUGCAGUGCAGACUGAAUGUCAGAAAGAGAGAGAGGAGAAGCUGCUGUUGCGUGAGCAGCUGUGGCAGAGUGGAGCAGAGCUGCAGCAGCAGGCAGACUUCUGCUCUGCUCUGGGAUCUGCAGCCUGCAGUCUGCUGUGGAGCUGCUCUGCCGGCGAGGACACGGUCACACGCUGGCUUGCUGAUGGAAAGCUGCAGACCUUCCUGUCUGUAGCUGCUCAGACUCUGGAGAGCUUCGUCAGGUCUCUGGACGAGGAGGCGAAAUCUCAAACCGAGGACCACAACUCCCAGGAGCACCAGUUUGUGCUGGCUCUGGCUGGAACCAUUACUAACGUAGCGGCGGUCACGUGUGGCCGGGACUUCCUGUCCACCUCGGCUCAUAUCCUCCUGGACACUCUGAUGAAGCUGUUGGAGCUGAUGAAGCCUGGUGUCUUCCCCAAACUGAAAGUGUUGAUGCUGAUGGCUCUGUAUAACGUCAGCAUCAGUGUUCAAGGACUGAAGUGCAUCAGUGAGAACUCAGGACUCCUGCCUCUCAUCUGGACCCUGCUGGACGAUGGAGACUGGGAGGUGUGUCUCCACUCGCUGCGUCUCCUGCAGUCGGUGUUGUUGGAGGAGGAGGCGCCGCUCCUGCUGGGCCCUGCUCUCCUGGAUCCAGAGCUCCAGGCUCGUGUCAGCCGGCUCACCUCCGGCGUGCAGCCCAGCCUGAGCCUGGCUGCCCGGCAGACCCUGGAGGACCUGCAGGCGCUCCAACAGGGUCGGGGAUGAGCAGCCUCUGAGGUGCAGACAGUGUCUUCAGUCUUCCCUUCAUGUCACAUGACAUCUGUGUGUUGUGAGCAGAGAAUGUAGAGAUGAACGUGUUCAUGUUAUUGUUUCAUUAUUAUAUUAAAAAGAACCUUUUAUA